AAAAACUCACUAAUUAUUCAUCUCAAGCCAUGCCAUUGUUGUUUCUCGUUAUAUAAAGACCAAUUCAAUUCGCAAUUCUUUUGGAUCCGUGAUCCUUCUUCUUUUCAUUUCAACUUGACUUUUCAAUCGCUACGCUUUACUCUCCUUUUUCUUCUCUGUUUUUCUGUUGAUUGUUUUAAAUGGCGUUCUUUAGAAGCGUUUCUGCGCUUUCUAAGCUUCGAUCUCACGUGGGUCAACAAUCUAGUCUCGCCAAUUCAGUUAGAUGGCUCCAAACUCAGAGCUCCAGUAACACGGAUCUUUAUACUGAGAUGAAGGAGCUAGUUCCAGAGUAUCAGGAACGUGUUAAGAAGCUGAAGAAAGAUCAUGGAAGUGUUGAAUUGGGAAAAAUCACAGUUGAUAUGGUACUUGGUGGAAUGAGAGGAAUGACAGCUUUAGUGUGGCUAGGCUCAGCUGUUGACCCAGAUGAGGGAAUUCGCUUUAGGAAUAUGACAAUUCCUGACUGUCAAAAAAUACUUCCGGGGGCUUUUCCUGGCGGGGAGCCUUUGCCCGAGUCCGUUCUGUGGCUUCUAUUGACAGGAAAGGUACCAAGUAAAGAGCAAGUAGAUUCGUUAGCCCAGGAAUUGCGUAGUCGUGCGAAAAUCCCAGAGUAUGCUUACAAGGCAAUUGAUGCACUGCCUGUUAAAGCUCAUCCAAUGACACAAUUUAGUACUGGUGUCAUGGCCCUCCAGGUAGAGAGUGAAUUUCAGAAGGCAUACGAGGGUGGGAUUCAUAAGUCAAAGUAUUGGGAGCCAACGUAUGAGGAUAGCAUGAAUUUAAUUGCUCGUUUGCCUGCAAUUGCUGCUUAUAUCUAUCGGCGGAUAUACAAGGAUGGAAAAAUCAUACCAAUGGAUGAUUCUUUGGAUUAUGGUGCAAACUAUGCUCACAUGUUAGGAUUUGAUGAUCCAGAAAUGCUGGAGUUUAUGAGGCUUUAUGUUUCUAUCCAUAGUGAUCAUGAAGGUGGCAAUGUUAGUUCUCACACAGCCCACCUAGUUGCUAGUCCACUAUCAGAUCCUUAUCUUGCAUUUGCAGCUGCUUUGAAUGGUUUAGCUGGCCCACUGCAUGGCUUAGCCAAUCAGGAAGUUCUACGAUGGAUCAGAAAUAUAGUUAAGGAGUUUGGAACUCCAGACAUAAGUAAAGAACAAUUGAGCGAUUACAUUCAUAAAACAUUGAGCAGUGGCCAGGUUGUGCCUGGAUAUGGACAUGGAGUUUUGCGCAAUACAGAUCCAAGAUACACUUGCCAGAGGGAGUUUGCAUUGAAGCAUUUGCCUAAUGAUCCACUUUUCCAGCUGGUGUCAAAAAUAAAAGAGGUUGUGCCUCCCAUUUUGACCAAGUUAGGCAAGGUUAAAAAUCCAUGGCCUAAUGUUGAUGCUCACAGUGGAGUACUACUGAACUACUAUGGUUUAACUGAGGAGAACUAUUAUACCGUUCUCUUUGGUGUAGCUAGGAGUCUCGGAGUUGGCCCUCAGUUGAUAUGGGACCGGGCUCUUGGAAUGCCACUUGAAAGGCCAAAAAGUGUCACCCUGGAGAAACUCGAGAAAUUGUGUGGCGCAUCAUCCUGAAAUUUAAAGCAUCAUUUAUCUGUUGAUUGGUAAAAUACGCUCUGCGAUAAAUGUGGGGUUUGUUAACUUGAAAAUUUGUGUGAUUUCUACGAGAAAUAUUCGUUAUCCACACUCCACUCCCUUAUUUAUCUGGUUGUUUUGCCUCCAUGUUGAUUUAGAAGAUUUUGGUAUUUAGGAAAAGGGUGGAUUAUCACUCUCACAGUUGUCUUUCUACUUUUUCUACACUGCAUAAAUUAGGUCCCCAGGGAGCAUCAGAAUAAAGGCAUUAUUGUUUUGGGGUAGUCCCUCUGUAUUCUUUCUAAAUGGGAUUGAUCCCUUUGACAAAAAAUACAAGUUCUCAAUAACAUGAGUUUUGCUUUAA